AGGACAAAAAAUAAAAUGAACAAAAAAGAAAUUCUUACCUACCUUUUGGGUCAGAGAAUCAAAAGUCCUCCCUUUCACUCUUUAUCUCAUUUUCCCUCGAAAGUAAUCCUAAGUAUACCCAAGAUUCAAGAAGUUAACAAAGAUUUCUCCAAAUUUUUCAUUUCCGUGGAAGAACCCAUGUCCUAGGCCUGUUUCUAAUUCUACUUGCACACCAAAUUGGGAAAUUAAAUGACAGGAAUUGGACGAGGUAGAAGUGGAAGGGAUGGAAAGGGCCGUGGACGUGGCAACAUUGGAGGAUUUCGGACAGAAACGCAGCCACAAGUAUCUCAGAGACAAAUAUUGCCACAAGUAUCUCAACGACAGUCACCGCCACAAGCAUUUCAGUCGCAAACACAAGCUUCAAUAGAAUCUGGAUCAAGUAACUCUCGUCAUGGACUUCGGAUUGAGUCACACUCAAAUCAGAUUUUUGUUGAAAGUGCACAUCCAACUCCGGAGAUUGAAAAUAGUGGCCCAGAUUAGUUCUCUAUUGAAAUCGAAUUAUGAUUUCAGUUGGUAUUUCAGGGAGCAAUAUGAAGAUUUGUGAAAAUAAUACAUGUUGGCUAUUACCUCUCAACAUGUUGGUAACUAUUUGGCUUCCUGGAAACUAGCCUUUGAAUAUUCAUCCACAUUUAUUGAGCAAAACUUCCUGAAACUAGUGAAUUACCAUAUGCUUUUUUUUAAAUAUCUUACCAUAUGCUUUUUUUAAAUGCUUAAAGUGAUUCUAUAAAGCAAAAUAACAAUGAUAAUAGUGAAUUAACAACGGUUUAUGUGGAUCGUUUGGGUCACAACUUCGUGCAACAAAUCUAAGAAAGGCAGAGGGAAAUAUAAAUCGUUACAAGUGGACAUGAAAACGAAGCACGGAAGUAAAAUUCCUAUUGUCAUUCCAGAUGACAUUAUGAGAGCCGUGGGUCCUGGGUCUAGGGAUAUUGUUAACUAUUGUGGCUUGAUUAUGCGAAGCACUAUCUCUUUUAGAGAUGGUAAUUGGCAGGCAAUAAUUGCAAAACAUGGAGAAGCAAUGUGGUUGAAGGUUAAGGAUAAAUUUGAAGCUAGUGGUAUGCGACAACAUGUGUUGCAAGCUCUUGUGAUCGACACUAUGCAAAGGCUUUUUAGAGCAUGGAAGACUCGACUGCAUGCUGACUACUCCCUCUAUGAUACUGAUGAAGAGAGAUUGUCUCAUAGGCCAGAUGAUAUUACACCUGAAGAUUGGGUGUUUCUGGUAGAACAUUUUGGAAGUCCAGCAUUCAAGGCUGUGAGUGAGAGGAACAAACUAAACAGGGGGAAACAAAUAACUAAGCACUCAUGUGGCUCAAAGUCAUUUGCUGAAGUAGAGGAAUCGACGAGAAAUCCUGAUAAUAGAACAAAGGCAGCACCCGAUCGAGUUUGGGAACUCCAAAACACUCGUAAAAAUGACCAAGGAGAAUUGGUGUGGUCGGAUCCAAAGUCACAACAAAUUCAUGGUCAGCUCCAAGAAAUUAUGGUUCAACAACAAUUUGAAGAGAAUGAGUAUCCAAUGAGUGCAGAUGAGAUUUUAACCACUGUAUUUGUGAACGAACUGGCUAUGUUCGUGGAAAAGGAUACAGAAAGAGGCCUCCAAAAAAGAGCCGUGUGAAACAAGUAGACUUAGAGGCAAGUAUGUCUUCUACUAUGGAAAGUAUGCGCCAACAGAUGCAAGAGGAAAUGAAUAGAAAAUUGCAAGAAGAACGUGAACAAAUGGCAGCCGAUUUGGAAAGAAAAUUACAAGAACAAGUGGCUUCUAAGUUGCAAAGAAAACUAGAAGAGAAGCACUCACACAUGGAUAUACAAUUUGACAAAAUGAUCCAAGCGAAGGUGGAUGCGAUGAUGAUAAGAAUGCAACAGCAAGGAUGAAAUAUUCAACAGUGGGGAAAUGAAGUUGCCCAAGGAGUUUUUUGAAGAUGUUGGAGUACUUUGAAGAUAUUGGACUAGUUUGCUGACUAUUCUUUUUGUAUACGGAAGAAUACAUUGGCGUAUAUGAAAACUGUUUGUGUUUUGUUGUUUGUACGCACAAUGAUAAUGUAUUGACUACUUUAUGUUGCGUUGACCUUUUAGCAAUGAAAAGAUUCUAUUGUUCAGAUUUCACAAUA